CACCCACACAGACGCGAGGUCCCGCCCCAAACGGCAGGAAGCAGGGGGGUGUGACCCUCCGACCCUGGUCAUCAAGGAAGCGAUCUAGAGAAGUUUGAUGAAAAAUUUGAGGUCCACCUUUGGACCACCUGUUGGCGUGUUGGCUGGGUUACCUGGCAUGAACAGGUCCGGUCGGUCCCAGUGGUCAGGGUGGUGAUGGAUGGCCCACAUGUUGACCAACACUCGAGUCCCGCGGCGGAUUGCGUGACAUCCGAUUCUAUGAUUUUCAUCCAAACAGGUGUCUCCAUGGAAACAACAACACAAACGCACACACACUCGGUGGAUGUAUCCGCAGUGGGCGUCACAUGUACUGCCGCAGUGAGGAAAGCCCGCCGCUCCUUUUAUGGCGCGGGGAUGCCCGCCGUCACCACAGGAAGUCAGCCAUGUUUGGGCAUUCUCGACAUGCACGGAGGGGGGAAUCCCUGGCGCCAAUGAGGUGGUGCCAGCGUUGCCACGGAGACGGAGGGUAUAAAAGGGCUGGCGAGCACAGGAGCUCGGCAUCCUCAGCACCGAGCGAGCGCAGCGACGCGAACCCCGGACACACCACACCGCCUGAAAACCGUUCGAAGGGAAUUCCCACCUCUCUUUUGACCGUCAUGCUUGCCGAGCGCCACUGCAGCUUCCUGUCCGACUUCGAGGACGCGUGCAGCGCUUGGGUGAACAGCGUGGAAUCCGACCGCUGCGACGUCAACGAGGCCGACCCAGCAGUUGUCUCACCGGGAACUGACGCUUCCGACUCAGAUUUCUUCUCCGACUUCAGUGACUCAGAUUCGCUCUCGCCCUCCCUCGACUUCAGCGGCAGCUUCCUUCCCGAACCGACUACGGUGUCAGCGGUGGGCCUGAGCAGCACCGCGGACGCCAUCCUCAACAUGAUCACAGAGAUCGUUGGAAUCUGCACUGAAAUGGAGCAGCGAGAGGACACUGCCUACCCUCCGGUGACCACGGUCAAGAGCGAGCCGGCCAGCUCCAGCUGCGGGGUCGACUACCUCGCAACGCCGGCCGCUCCAGAUUUCUUCGAGGCUCUGCUGAGGCAAGACAGCGGCCAGGGCGAGACCAAGGCGUUGGAGGUCAAGCAGGAAGUGGUGGCACCGGAGGACUGGAUGAAGAACUGGAGGGUUGGCACUGAGGCAGACCACGUCAAAAUGGAGGUCGACCUCCACUGUCCCGCCCAUUCCACCCUGGACUCCGAUCUCUUGUCAUCCCUCCUGCAGGGUGCCUUCCCAACCGUGCACCUGAGCAGCGUGUCAACCGGCGCCAAAGUGUCCCGGAAGGGCCGCAGGGCUCUUGGCAAAAGCGGCGUAAAAGCCAAGGCGUUCCCGUGCUUCGUGGAGGGCUGCGAGCGCCGCUUCUCCCGUUCGGACGAACUCAACAGGCACGUGCGCGUCCACACAGGACAGAAGCCCUUCCAGUGCGCUGUGUGCGCGCGGAGCUUCAGCCGCAGCGACCACCUGACCACGCACAUGCGCACGCACACGGGCGAGAAGCCCUUCUCCUGCGACGUGUGCGGCAAGCGCUUCGCACGCAGCGACGAGAGGAAGCGACACGGGCGCGUGCACGUCAAGCAGCAGCUCCGAGCACAGAUGAUGGCCGCCUAUUCGCUGGCUGUGAGCGCCGUGUGAGGCGCGGCGUGCAGAAGAGCGUGCCACAGCGGUGGCGUUGACAGAACCUUCGGGACCUGAACAUGGUCCACUUUUGGCCUCCUGGCGAGACACACGCGGGCCCGGCAGGUGCAUGCUGGGAGUCAGAAAAGGAGCUUGGACGAGACGUAUCGAUGUUCCUGCAUGAGGGUGAAAAGUGACGUGACCUCCUUGUUUGUACAAUAGCUCUCUAUUUUUCUAGAUGUUUCUAUACGUGUCCUGUGACUUUUCUAUGACUUGCACUGAUGCAUUGUGGGAUAUGUGUUUAAUGUCCCUGCUUGA